AUGGCGGAGUAUGCCAACGCCAUCGCGCAGAACGAGAUCCGAUGGGCGCAGACGCACGCCAAACCAAGAAUGAACGUCCGGCGAUCAGAAGAGCAGCUAGAGACAGCAGGUGAGUACAUCGCCCUGUUGGAGCGGUAUAUAACGCUUGUGCCCUAUCUGGUCCGAGAGCCUCAUAAUCACGAAUCCUCAAAUCAGCUGUCGCAUCCUGAUCUACACCUGGACAAUAUCUUCGUGAACCCAGCAACCAACAAUAUCACAGCUGUGAUCGACUGGCAGCAUACGGCCGCUUCGCCAGUUGAUCUACAUCCGCUGAUCCCGCAGAUGCUGGAGCCAACGACAGCGGGAACAGGAGAAGGCAAUGACUCACUGCGCCAGAUCUACUUCACCAAACCCAAGAGUCUGAAUCCCAGGCAUGGAUGGGAGGCACUUACCGAACCGCAUCACAAACUCAGAAUGAAACCUACCCUGCUGCUGCCAGGUUGCUGGCAGCGCGAUGACCUGUUCUCUCUCCGUCACGCAAUAAUCGCAGUGGUCGCUCAGUGGGACGAGAUAUGCCAGAGCGGAAUCAAAUGUCCAGUUGAUUUCACUACCCAUGAGCUCCAACAACAUGACGAAGAGAUGGAGCUUAUCGAGGGUGUUUCAUUGGUCUUGCGCCAGAUUCAAGAACAAGGGCUCCUCCCUCUGGGCGGCAUGGUUCCGCGCGAGCGGUAUGAAGACGCUCAGAGAUUGAGCCAGCAGUUCACGAAUCAGUUCAUCGCAUUGGGGGAGGAUGCGAAACAGAGGGAGAUACUCGCCAAGAUCUGGCCAUAUUCGUGA